CAGCCAGUGGAAUUGUUCAGUUUGGGAAGUGUACAUCGAGGAGUUUGCGUAGAUUUCACCGCUAACAGAAAUUGGAGAUUUUCCAUUCCAAAAGUGUCAUUCACAGAUACUCGAUAUGUGGGCUAUUUUUCUGCUAAUCCUAUGCCUGGGAUGUCUGUACAAAUAUGUGAGGCGUCACUAUACCUACUGGCAAAGAUUGGGAGUGGACGAAGAGCCGGCAAAAAUCCCCUUUGGUGUAAUGGACCCCGUAAUGAAACAGGAACGGAGUUUUGGCUUGGCUUUGGCUGAUAUAUAUGCCCGGCACGAAGACAAAUUCGUUGGAAUAUACAUGAUUAACAAAAGGAGUAUCCUAAUCCGAGAUGCUCAAUUGGCUCGCCAAAUCAUGACCAGUGAUUUCGGUAGCUUCCACGAUCGUGGGGUCUACGUGGAUGAGGAAAAGGAUCCGCUUUCGGCCAAUCUCUUUAACCUUCGAGGAGCCUCCUGGCGGAAUCUUCGUCAGAAACUCACACCCUCAUUCUCCUCCGGAAAAAUCAAAGGCAUGUUUGGUACGAUCGACGAUGUGGGCGAUAAGCUGGUACAGCAUUUGAAAGGGGUUUUGGACCACACCGACGAAGUGGAGAUCAAAGAUGUGAUGACCACGUAUGCGGUAGACAUCAUUGGAUCGGUGAUCUUCGGCUUGGAGAUCGACAGCUUUAGUAAUCCGAAAAAUGAGUUCCGUGAAAUAAGCAGCUCUACGGCAAAGGAUGAGUCUCUACUGCUCAAGAUUCACGAUAUGUCCAUGUUCAUAUGCCCACCGUUUGCCAAACUAAUGAACCGUUUGGGUUACGAGAGCCGGGUUUUAACAUCCUUGAGGGACAUGAUGAAGCGCACCAUCGAGUUCCGUGAGCGUCAUAAUGUGGUGCGCAAGGACAUGCUGCAGCUGCUUAUCCGCCUCCGAAAUACGGGCAAGAUCGGCGAGGACGAUGACCAAGUGUGGGACAUGGAAACGGCUCAGGAACAGCUAAAGUCAAUGUCUUUCGAGAAGAUUGCCGCCCAGGCAUUUCUCUUCUAUGUGGCUGGAUCGGAGUCCACUGCUGCCGCUUCCGCGUUUACCCUCUACGAGCUGUCCAUGUAUCCGGAGCUUCUGAAGGAAGCGCGCGAGGAGGUUGAUGCAGUGCUUCAGAAGCACAAUCUUAAGCCGGGGGAUAAGUUCACCUACGAGGCGGUGCAAGAUUUCAAAUUCUUGGAACUCUGCAUAAUGGAAACCAUUCGAAAGUAUCCCGGCCUGCCCUUCCUGAACCGAGAAUGCACCGAAGAUUAUCCUGUGCCCGGUACUACCCACACCAUCACCAAGGGAACACCCAUCCUUAUUUCACUAUUUGGCAUGCAACGUGAUCCCAAGUAUUUCCCAAAUCCCAACGGAUAUGAUCCCCAUCGAUUUGAUGCUGACAUCAUGAAUUACGAUCAGGCAGCUUAUAUGCCGUUUGGAGAGGGACCCAGGCACUGCAUAGCGCUGCGCAUGGGUAAAGUAAAUUCAAAGGUGGCGGUUGCCAAGGUUUUGGCCAAUUUCGAUCUAAUUCAAGCUCCUCGCAGGGAGGUUGAGUUCCGGUUCGAUGCUGCUCCUGUUUUAGUGACCAAGGAGGGUUUAAAAAUUCGUUUGAGCAAAAGAAAGUAGAUUAAUAAAUAUUGGUAAUCAUUCGUAAAACUUUUAAGAAAUAUAAUGUUCAUGGAA